CGAUAUUGUAUAUUGUAAAAUUACAAAUGGACUGUUCUAUCUAUGAUUCAUCCUGUUUUUGCUCAUGCCACUUCGAAUGAGACAGUAUAUGUGAAAAUUAUCAUUAAAAGUCGGAAUGAUUUCAUCACAUAUAAAAAUUCGAAGGUGUUCUACCAUUGCUUCUGGAGAAAAUCAAGAGAAAAUCAUAAAUUCGCUCAUUGCAUUACGGUUUAGAAUUAUUUAUAAUGGAGGAUAUAUCAGGCCCUGAUAUCUCAAUGAGAGCUCUAAUACAGAAUCAUCAGAGAACACAAAGCAACCAAUUCAGUCAUAAAUCACAGAACCAUUUAGCUCAUCAAUGCAUAGGCUCUCUCCAAAAACACAGACUUUCAUAUACAAUGUAUAGUCAGUUCAGACGGAUGUUUGCAAUCCCAACUGUAUAUGCAAGGGACAAUGAUGACAGAGGUGAUGAAGGGAUGCUGCAUGACAGGAUGCCAGGAUUGAUGGAGAAAAUGAGCCAGAAGAUGGAGCCAAGUGGAUCAGGGUUGCAACUGUCAAGGGAUUAUUCAGUCUCAGAGAUGGAGAUACAGGCUUUUAUAGCAGGGGAGACUGGCAUGGAUAGGCUCAGGGAAAUGUACAAAAUGGAUGGGGAUCAGAUGUCUGAAAUGAUGCAGAUCAUCACAGCUAUGACAGCUCAAGGCGCAAUGAUGACAUUUGUGUGCGCAUCAAUUAUUGGAGGUUGGGAAGCAAAGAAUAAAUUUUUGGAAACCAAUCAAGCUACAAGAUUUGAAACAAAAUUCAAGGCAAUGAGAGCAUUCAAUGAUGCUAUUUUCCUUAGAGGUAUGAAGGAAGGUUUACGGUGGUCUUUCAAAAUAGGAUCAAUGACAGGAUUAUUUCUGUUAAUUUCCCAGAGUAUAGCUACAUAUCGUAACAAGUCUACUCCACUGGAAUAUGCUGCAGCGAUGUCUGUGUCAGGUUCAUUGUUUAAGAUUAACAUGGGACUCAAGGGUAUGUUCGCCUCUGGUAUCCUGAGCUUUGGAAUAGGGUUGGUUGGUGGUUGUUUGAUAUAUGGUACUUUAUGGGUAGGAGGUCUUUUACAAGAGCAGAGACAUGCUUGGCUAAUAACGGAGAGGCUCAAAGAGAUAAAGAAACACCAGGCAAUUCAGGAUGCUGCUGUACAGGCUUCCAUAGAGAAUGCAAAGAAUCGAGCAGAGUCAUUAUGAGGAAUAUCAACUACUUAAAGCAAUUUAGGAUCUGCAGUGUCUGUCCAUGUAGGACUCUAUAUUUGGGAGCUUUUAUGGACUUCGACUUUGAAGGAUGAAUGUGAUGAUGAUAUGAUUUAUGUAUUUGCCAUUAAAUGGUAUGGACUAUAGAACGACAUGUUGUGACCCAUUCACAUAGUGGAAAUAAACCUCUUAAAAAUUGCAAUGUAUAGAAGUUUGUUGGAUAAAUUGUGUUGAUACUCGCACAUUUAAAAAGGCUGAGAUGUCUGACCAUAAAAUGCACCAAAUUUUCAAAAAUCAUGUUAUCAUGCACAAACCUUUUCUGUAAGUACUACAGCCUGAAAGAAUUGCUUAACUUCAUUGUUAGUUGUUACAAAAUAUAAGUGGCAAAAAAGUUGUAAAAAUAUAAGAAAGACAUGCACAGAUUAUAAAAUAUGGUUUGUCUUUGUCUAUCUACAGCACAAGCUAUAAGUUAUUCAAAUUUUUAUGUCACCACCACA